AUGGAAACCUUCUGCCAGCCACCUGUAGCCUGUGCAGCCAACUUUCUCAGUCAGAGCAGCCGUGGAGGGACGUUUCCCGGGAAGCCGCGGGGGCCGGAGCGCGGCAUCCCCGCGGCGGCGGGCGGCACUCCCGCCCCGGGGCGGGGGAGGCGGGCGGAGGAGGCGGGGGCGCGGGGCCGCGUCCCGCGGGCUGCGGGCGGGCAGAGGCGAGCGAGAGGGGGCGGGGGGGGGGGGGGGGGGCUGCUGCUGCUGCUGCCGGGCUCUGCGGGCGCGGGCGGGCGCUGCCCGCUGCGCUGCGCCUGCACGCACGGAGCGCUGCGCUGCCCGCCGCCAGCGCACGGCGCGCUGCCCGCGCCCGCCCGCGCAUCAUUUACUCAUCUCCCUGUAAAAGUAAUCCCAUCACAUGCAUUUGAAGGACUUCAAGAUGCCUUCAUCAUUGAAAUCUCUCAGAGUGACUCCCUGGAGAGAAUAGAAGCGAGUGCCUUUGACAGCCUUCCCUCCUUGUCUGAAAUAUUAAUCCUGAACACGAAAAAUCUGUUGCAUAUUGAGGACGGAGCGUUCAGAAAUCUUCCAAGGCUAAAAUACUUGAGCAUUUGUAACACUGGAAUAAGACAAUUUCCAGACCUGACACAGAUCUUCUCAAUGGAAGCUCAUUUUAUUUUGGAGCUCUGUGAUAACUUGCGUAUGACAAUUAUACCACAAAAUGCUUUCCAAGGGAUGAACAAUGAAUCACUGACACUCAAGUUGUAUAAAAAUGGAUUUGAAGAUAUCCACAGCCAUGCCUUCAAUGGGACAAAGCUGAAUCAAUUAAUCCUGAAGGACAACAAGAACCUCAGGCGGAUACACAAUGAUGCCCUGAGAGGGGCCACAGGGCCAGAUGUCCUGGAUAUUUCUUCAACAGCGCUGGAGUCCCUGCCUAGUUACGGGCUUGAGGCCAUUCAGGUCUUAAAUGCAACCUCAUCUUACUCAUUAAAGAGGCUGCCACCACUGGAUAAAUUCAGCAGUCUUCUGGAAGCUGUCCUAACAUAUCCCAGCCACUGCUGUGCUUUUCGGAAUCUAAGGACAGAAAGACAGAAUUUGUUGUUUUCCAUUUUUGACAACUUCUCCAAGGAGUGUGAAAGCACCAUGAGGAAACCGACUAACGAAAUGCUCGACGACUCCAACAACACGUUGCUGUGGUCAGCGGAGAGGAAGACGCACCCCUUUGCAACAGAUUAUGAAAGUUCUCCCUACAGCUACUCAACCAUUUUUGAUGACAGCGAAAUGGCUGGCUUUGACUUUGAGUAUGACUUCUGCCAGCCAAAAGUCCUCACGUGCACUCCGGAACCAGAUGCCUUUAAUCCCUGCGAAGACAUCCUGGGAUACAGCUUCCUCAGAGUGCUGAUCUGGUUCAUAAACAUCCUCGCCAUCGCCGGCAAUUUCACCGUGCUCCUCGUUCUCCUGACCAGCCACUACAAGCUCACCGUCCCUCGCUUCCUCAUGUGCAACCUCUCCUUCGCCGACUUCUGCAUGGGGCUGUACCUGCUGCUCAUCGCCUCCGUGGACGCCCAGACCAGCGGGCAGUACUACAACCACGCCAUCGACUGGCAGACGGGCAGCGGCUGCAGCACGGCCGGCUUCUUCACGGUGUUUGCCAGCGAGCUGUCGGUGUACACGCUGACGGUGAUCACCCUGGAGCGCUGGCACACCAUCACCUACGCCAUGCAGCUGGACCGCAAGCUGCGGCUGCGGCACGCCGUGCCCAUCAUGCUCGGGGGCUGGCUCUUCUCCAUCGGGAUAGCCGUGCUGCCUCUCUUCGGGGUCAGCAGCUACAUGAAGGUCAGCAUCUGUUUGCCCAUGGAUAUCGAAACGGGCCUGUCCCAAGCAUACAUCCUGCUGAUCUUGGUGCUGAAUGUUGUCGCCUUCGUUGUCAUUUGUGCUUGCUACAUCAAGAUUUACAUCGCUGUGCAGAACCCGGAGCUGGUAGCUGCCAAUAAAGACACCAAGAUUGCCAAGAGAAUGGCAAUACUGAUCUUCACGGAUUUCACCUGCAUGGCCCCCAUCUCCUUUUUUGCCAUAUCCGCUGCCUUCAAAGUUCCUCUCAUCACAGUGACCAACUCCAAGAUCCUGCUGGUUUUAUUUUACCCCGUCAACUCCUGUGCAAACCCCUUUCUCUAUGCGAUUUUCACCAAAGCAUUUCGGAGGGAUUUCUUCCUGCUGAUGAGCAAGCUUGGUUGCUGCAAGAGCCGAGCAGAGCUCUACAGGAGGAACUAUUUCUCUGCUUAUAACUCCAACUGCAAGAAUGGUGGCGCAGCCACAGCCCCCACCAAAGCCUCCCAAGCAUUCCUGCUCUUGUCAGCCUUAGAGAAGCCCCAUCCUGCACCACGGGACAAGACAUCUCACAAGGAAAAUUUACCCAGAGAGUGCCAAGUUACCCUUUGCAAGGCCAGUUGUGAUUAUCUUAGUGACUAG